GAGAAGACACCAUCCUUUCGUCUGGCACGGAAGUAAAUUCAAUUGGUUCCACUAGCAUUUCAAUUUCCACGUUGAAGUAUUCGGCAUAAUAUUAUUGUUCCACUUCCGUGGAAUACUAGGGGUUUGUUGUUAGAUCCGAGCGACUAGCCUGACUUCGGUACAAUUUCCCCAGCUUUCAGAGCUAGAGUUGUCCUGUUUGGAAAUUUUAUUCGGCACAACAUUGCCAGGGCGAGCAGAAAACUUUCGAAGAACGUUCGGUGGAAGUCCAGCGCUUCGUGGUUGUGAGAGUGCGCGUUGCUGGCACGAUUGUAAUUGUAGAAUUUCCCAAGUGCCGGGCAGCCGCCGGGCCUCUGAAAGUAUCUGCAGUAGGACUCCGGUGCCCAAAGGUCAAGCAGGUAGCACGGCCGAAAGCCGAACAAGUCAUUGCACAGUACAAGAUUGGUUUGUCUGGAGUUUGUGUGACAGCGGUGGCGGCGGCGGCGGGAAGGGCGUGGUGUUUCCGGCUCUGACUAGACUCGUGCAAACGUCGACGGCGCCGGAAGUUUUCGCUACCACUCUAGGCGUCGGGUGUCGAUGACGGUCGCUCGUCCUCGUGCGUGACACUCGGAUGAUAGCCUCGUUCCGUGCUCGCUCGUGCUCGCAGUCACCAUGCCAGUUGAGCUGGAUCUAAGCUGAACUUGGCGGGCACCCUUGAUUGCUCGGGAGAACAACACUCUGUGUGUGUGUGUGUGUGUGUGCCUAAUAGCGGCACAUUACGGGACCCGAGCGGCUCAAAUUCCGGAUCUCGGCAUUGUGGUGUGCGAUUGUCGGUGACACUGAAUACUCACCGCUCAUCAGGCUAUUUGGGAUCGUGUACCUAUGCUCCCGUUUUAGUAAGCGUCCGAGCACAGGUGCCACGUAAUCAACAUUUAAACGUGUGUGUGUGUGUGUGUGUGUGUGUGUGUGUCGACAAUGGCACGGUCACUCCUUCAGCAACACUCUCUGCUUGUCUUCUUAUGCUCCGUGAGCUUACUCGGCGUCGGAACCUUUGCUACAGUUACCAGUGUUGGCCCGCAACGGCUGGGCACCUGCAGCUGCACGAGGGGCACUUGCUACGAGUACGGGCAGUCGGUCAACGUACGGUCUUACUGCCGCUGUGACCCCGGCUUGGAACUGGCUUUCCACAGCACCUCAAACUGUACAGACAUUGACGAGUGUAGCCUGGGCGUCCACCGCUGCCACGCCAGCGCCCAGUGCACCAACACGGACGCGUCGUACGUCUGUUCCUGCGGCGCCGGCCACACGAGCUCCGCAAACUCCACCGCUUGCACACCCAUGGACCCGUGCUCAGCCUACUGCCCGUUGCCGCGAGAGAUCUGCGUGAGUACCGCGGGCGCGUCCGUACCUUCGUGCGAGUGCGCUAAUGGCUUCGUGAGGUUGCCGCUCGACGCCAGCAACAACUGUCAGGACAAAGACGAAUGCCUCGAUGGAUUGCCUGUCAUGUGCCCGGCGCACGCUCCGUGCAGAAACACGCCCGGAUCCUACGAAUGCAGCUGCCCUGUUGGCUAUCGCUACGACAACACCACCGGGAAUUGUUCAAACGUGAACGAAUGUACCGCACGCACGCACGACUGUCACCACUUUGCCACGUGCACGGACACGGCGGGCUCGUUCACGUGCCAGUGUCCGGCGCACACGUUUGGCGACGGCCGUACGUACUGCCAGCGGCUGGACUGCCGAGACUCGCCAGGCCAAUGCACGGCACUGCACCCGCACUCGCACUGCGACGUCACACGUAAAGCCUGCGUCUGUGAUGCCGGCUACUUCAGCCUGCCCGCGCCCGGCCAGCAGCAGCACUACUACGACAGUAUCAACUGCACGCACCACACUCACGCGUGCUCAUACACACAGUGCCCAGCACACCAGCGCUGCGUGCCCGACGCCACCUCUCCGCUCGGCCACCAGUGCCUGUGCCAGGACGGCUACGCCAGCAUUGCCAUCACCGUCUCGGCGAGCGGGGCGACGACGACCAACACGCGCUAUUGCCACAACGUCGACGAGUGCUAUACGCGAUUGUCGAACUGCAGCCGGCACGCCAACUGCACGGACACGAUCGGCUCGUACGUGUGCUCGUGCGCUUCGGGAUUCACCGGGGAUGGAGUGGCGUGCUUUCCGCUGGACCCGUGCAGCGCCACCACAGGCACGUCAUUGCCGGCCUUGCACGGCUGCCGUGACGACGAAGUGUGCCAGCCGAGCGGGGCCAUCACCCUGAUUGUGUCCGACUCUGGUGGUUCGGCUGGGAGUCAACAGCUCGGCGCUCCGCAGUACAGCUGUGUGUGCAGACCGGGCUACAGACGUAACGGAAGCAACGGGACGACGGCGCGUUGCCAGAACGUCAACGAGUGCACAGAGCCUGCCAUGGCGCCGCUCUGCAUCUCGCCAAACACAAUGUGCACGGACACAAACGGAUCCUACGUGUGCGCCUGUGCAGACGGUUUUCAGCGCGUCAACUCGUCGUGCGUCAAUACAGAUGAGUGCGCGGCUGGGACACACACGUGCCGCCACGUCUAUGGCAAGUGUACAGACACGCGGGGUAGCUACACGUGCUCGUGCGACAGCGGCUUCGUUGGCGACGGAAUGACGAAGUGUUCGGACGAGAACGAAUGUGGCCAGCAGAUGAAGCCGCAGGCGUGCCCGACGAACUCACGAUGCGAAAACACCUACGGCUCCUAUUUCUGCAAAUGCCACGCAGGGUACCGUGGAAACGCGUCGCACUGCGAAAACGUGGACGAAUGUGCCGAGGGAGGUCACAAUUGCGACCCCACGAACGGAGUUUGCAUCGAUAGGCCGGGCACGUUUGAUUGCCAGUGCUCCCCGGGCUAUAGCGGCACGAUGCAGUGCUUUGACACAGACGAAUGCGCCGGCCAGAACCCGUGCCACGCCGUUACCGGCGGCAACGCGACGUGCGAGAACACCAUCGGUUCCUAUACGUGCAACUGCAGCGCCGGCUACGGUCGUCACGGCAACGCGUCCGGAGCUUGCCAGAACGUGAACGAGUGCAUGGAGACGCCGGCGGUGUGCGACACGACGAGCGGCGCCACCUGUGUCGACUCGGAGGGCUCGUACUCGUGCCGCUGCGCUGUCGGGAUGUGGCUGAGCACCGCGGCCGGCGUGGGCACCUGCCAGGACGUUGACGAGUGCUUCCACCUGGCGUACAAGUGCGGCUCGACGGCCACGUGCGUCAACACGGUCGGCGCGUACCACUGCCAGUGUAUCCAUGGUUACAACCGGAUAGGCAGCCCCGACGCCGCGGUCGGGCCGUGCCUGAACACGGACGAGUGCAGCCAGGGCACGCACAACUGCAGCGCCGUCGGCGGCUUCUGCUCGGACAAUCCGGGCAGCUACACCUGCGUUUGCUAUCAGGGCUAUAUGGGUGCCGGCUGCUACCAGGACGUGUCCGAGUGUGCGCUAGGAACGCACGAUUGCGACGCGCACACGACGCGGUGCAACGAGGUUUUCGGGUCGUUCUCCUGCAACUGCCGGGACGGUUUUGCGUAUCCUGACGCCGAUGGGAGGAGAUGCUGGGCGACUCAGUGCGAGAAGAACCACAUGCCGUGCGACCAUAAUGCGGAGUGUGUCACCGUGGGAACGUCGCAGCAUCAGUGUCGAUGUUUACCAGGUUUCCGUGGUGAUGGGCGCAGUUGCGUUGCGAUCACUGCACCGCCAACGACACCAUCAACAACCCAGCUGCCGACAACUUCAGGCGUCGCGCUGUACUGCAACGAGGUCAGCGAGAGCGUGAGCGGACUCGGAACGUUCGUGUGGCCUCGCACCCAGCUUGGCGCCACGGCAACCCUGGACUGCCCGAAGACGGUGGCCGGCCUGCCCAGUCGCGUGAGCCGUCGCUGCGUUGCCGUUGGCGACCGUCGUGCGCCUCGCUGGGACGGAGGCGAGGAGGUUACACUAGCCUGCCCUGGCCGAGAACAGGCCACGCAGAAGUUGCAGAAACUGGCCGUGCAGAUCUCUCAGUUCAACGCAAGCAACGCCACGGUCACUACGAUCCUCGACGUCACCAAGGGCACCCAGGCAGCCGUCAAGAACGUCACCAGAUUCGACUCUGCCGGUAUACAGGCCGUAUCGACUGUAUUGGACACGGUACAGUCGCAGGCCACGGCACUGCUGCAGCGCACCGCGGCAACCACCGACCUGACCGACCCGGUUGCCGUCGAAAAGGCGACAUUGGAAACGGAAGAGGUGCUGCACAGUUUCGCCCUAACCGUGAGUGAUGUUAUCGGCAAGACGUCCAUUGUCGGCCCCACCAUCACACCCAUGGACGCCCCUGUUGGCGCCGGUGCUCCAAGCUAUGGUGGCGGCAGUGGCGAUGGUUUCAGCGGCGAAGUCGACUCCACCACGCCAGCCAAGACCGGCAACAAAAUCACUGCAUCGCUCGAGCAGCUCGUCCAGAACCUCCCGCUCCUGAACGUCGACAAGCCCAUCGUGGUUUCCACGCCAACCAUUGCCGUAGCAACCGUCUGCCCCGGCCACACCGCCUCCGGGUACUCCAUGACGUAUCAGGGUGGCGGGGGCAGUUCUGAGCUGUCCGGCAUUCGACUCUUGGAGGGAGUCAGGUCCUCUGGAACCGAUGCCUCCGCGCAGUUCAGCAUUCCCGCGGAGGCCUUUCAAAUCGCCAACAGCAUUAUGCCCAGCAAUCAGCGCGGCAUGAAUGGCAACACAUCAACAGCCAGUAACGCCACAUUAGGCUGUCGCCGAGCGCAACCAAGCUUCAUUGUCUACGCACGAGGAGAUUUGUUCAAUGACAACUCGUUGUCGCCAAACUACACAAUAUCGUCUGUAGUCGUGUCCGCCAAGGUGGGAGCCCUGCGCAACGUUUCCUUCGCCAACGACAAAGCCGUCUAUUCCAUUCAGACAAUCCUGGCGCCUAGUUCUAAUCGUUCUGCCUGCGUGCACUGGGACCGAGUGACCCUCUCCUGGAGUUCCAGUGGGUGCAAGGUGUUGUCGACGACUGUUGGCAGUGUGACCUGUCAGUGCAAUCAUUUGACCAACUUUGCCAUCUUGGUGCGCAACCCGUCUUCGUCCGCGGUGCAAGGAACAGUUCACGGGCGUGUUCUGAGGACUGUGACAAUCAUUGGCUGUGUAAUGUCCAUGAUCGGAUUGGCACUUACCGCCUUGUCGGGGAUUGUUCUCAAGGAGCUGCGUGGACGUCUUCACUUCCGCCUGAUGACAAUCAUGUCGAUAGCCCUGCUCUUGGCCUGCCUCUUCUUCACCAUCAUCGCCGUCCACCACGCUCGCCUGUCGGUGUUCUCCUGCCAAGUCCUCGGCCUUCUUCUCCAUCUCUCUCUGCUGUCGGCGUUUGGUUGGAUGAUGGCGCAGGCAGCACUGGUGUAUAAGCACCUGGUGGUGGUGUUUGGCACGGAUCACAGCUUCAUGCAGAAGUUUGCCUGGAUGUGCAUCACUGCGCCGCUUCUGGUGGUGUUGGUGACGGCGUCGGUGUCCGAAAUGGAAGCCUACGACUACGAUAGCUUCUGCUGGUUCUCCAAGCCGGUGUAUAUGUACAGCGGUUUCAUAGCUCCGCUGGCCAUUAUGCUGCUCUUCAACGGAAGCGUGCUCCUGCUCGUCUCCAAGAAUCUGAUGAUGAAGUCGCGGCGCGAGAUGUCGCCGCUCUCUCGCAUGCGCAUAAUCCUCUCGCUCACCGUGCUCGUGGGCGGCACCUGGCUCGUCGGCGUCGUGGUCCUCACCGUCGAGUCGGUCGCGCUCCAGUACAUCUUCACCGUGCUCAACGCCUUCCAGGGCCUGAUGGUGUUCCUGCUAAACAUGGCCACGGCCACAGAGAUUCGUCGCCGCUGGGUACGCACCAUGCGCGCCAUAUUCUGUCGGCGCACCACCACCGCCAGCAAGAACAUCAGCGGCAAUAGCAUUGCCAGUCGGGUGAGCCGCGGCAGCCGUCGCUCCAACGCCAGCUACCUGUCGGCAUUCUCCUUCCGUCGCAGCCACUCUGCGCACAACAUGGCGAUACAUUGCGUUGGCGGGCGUCGCAGCAACAGCAACAGCAACAGCAGCCUGAACCAUGUCACACUACCUAGCGGUGGCCUGGCUUUGGGUACACCGCUGCCGAAGCACCGAACGCCUGCCGCCCUGAUGUCGGACACGACCAGCUGGCGGACGAACAGCAGCGAGGAGCUCAAGACCCGCGCGAGCAUCGACUCCGGCGAUGCCGCCAUGGCCGCGACGAAAGUCCCCUACACGCAGCCCGGCGAGAUUGACAGCGGCAUCGGUGAGCGCAUGAGCAACCUCUCCUACCUGAACUUCACGGACAUGGGUCGACCGAACCUGCUCAGGCACACGCCGACCGCUGGCGACGCGUUUGAUCACGACGAGUUCACGGAGGAGACCACUCAGCACACCUGCCACGACUGGACCGAGUCGCCACCCGGCGAGGACGUUGGCCGCCAUCGGCCGACCAGCUCGCACUGCCUGUACGCCAGCGAGUUUGUGUUCUUCAACGACGGUCACGAGACGGCCAUCACGAGCCAGAGCUCGCCGGCCUCGUUCUUUGACGGCGGCAAAGCGCGCCGUCUUCCCGACCCCGUACGGACCAUGGGCACGUGUCCCACGCAGAUGCAGAGCGACGACUUUUGCCUGUCGCCGCUGUUCUUCGACACGUCCGCCUCCAGCCUCAACACCACCGACAGCGGCUUUGAAGCGCCCAACACGAGCCCGUACGACGGCCCUCUUCGCGGCACCCUUCUCGCGGCCAACGGGAGAGAAGGCGAGGCCGGUGGAGCAGCGUCUCUGCCCCCGAGCUACGACCGCGUUACGAUUCGCCUCGCGCCCACCCCGCUGGCUGCACGCGGGAACAGGGCGAGUGAAAGCGACGGCUGAGCGCAUGCGUUCGCGAACGACACUGUCGCCCCGAUGGCAAAUCCGUUCCCGAAAGGCUCUCCGCGCGGAAAGAGGCUACGUAACACAGAGCAAGAGCACUCCCCAACGGCGGACGGCGCAGCUCACAGCACAUCCACAGUGCACCGAGUGCACAUCUAGUGCAGUGGCACCAAUUUGAGGCAGCAGCGGCUCCUCGCUCCUUGUUAUCUCAGUGCUGGAAUUCUAUCGCCAGCUAACACUUACUCUCCCGAAAAGACUCCCGCUGUUUUUUUAUUAGCUUCGUUUGGUGAAGGGCCAUUAUGCUCGGAGACGCACUCGCCCCGUCUGGCUGCCUUCUGCUCCUCCCCACAUCCCAUUCUGACAUAAUUAUAUGGACUUGUGGUGUGCAGGCACCUCUGAAAUCACGCACACACACACACACACACACACACACACACACACACGCGCGCGCGCACACACACACACCUACACACAUACACAUAGACACAUAGACACACAAGCUCACGCACAUACACACACGUGCAUGCACCCACUGCCAACCAUAUCGACUUGGCUCAGUCCACUUAAAGCAUUACUUUCCUAUUUUGAAGUAUUCCCUUUCCGCGCCCAGCCCCAUAACAGCAGAGGUAGCAUAUUACGCUAGUAAUUGUGGCAUGUUGAACUCGUCCCGACAGUUACCUAUACAUCUCUUAUCCCUUCGCAGCGGGCCACCUUCGCCAAGUUUACGCCCUGUCCGAAGGUCGGAGAAGCAUUUUUUUAAUGAUUUACGACCUUUGCCAAUUUUACGCAAGUCCGAAGGUCAGAGAAGCAUAUUUUAAUGAUUUACAUUUCUGAAUCCUUACUUCUUCUUUUCAGCAGGAAGAUCCUGUCCCCCAAGUCUUACUCCCUCCUGCUGUACGCUUGUGUAGGGCGGUGGGCUUGCUGUGUAGUUUCAAGAGCCGCAGUAGCGUAGUAAACAGCCUCACCUAGCUCAAUCUGUAUCUCUCCAUUCCUCUCUCUGCAGAUUUCUGAUUGACGAUAGGUGGUCUGCCCAA